AAGGAUUAUUAGUUAAAAAUUCCACCAACUACUUCACUCUUCAACGUUGAAGCCCAUCCUAUUCUCUCUGAAUUUCGAUUUCUGUAGCCCAAAACCAUCAAAAUAAGCAACCUUGUAGCAAUUUAUCUCUCUGUUUCCAUUCUCAAUCUAACGAAAGGCUUGAAGCUGACAGAGCUAUUAACUCAAAGGCAAUCCUGAAAGACAGCAAGCCAAUUGACAUGGAGGUUGUUGAGACGUGUGAAAAAAGAUCUCAAGCUCAUGCAAUGCCUUCUACCCAACGUAGUUUUCCAUCAAUUGAUGAUGAAGUUGUGGGAUUUGCGAAAGAUGCAGAAUAUGUAAUGAAGAAAUUGACCGGAGGAUCAAAGGAGCUCGACGUUAUCUCAAUCUUUGGAAUGGCCGGACUUGGUAAAACAACAUUGGCAAGAAAAGUGUACAACAAUACCUCUAUCAUUAAUCACUUUGAUGUUCAAGCAUGGUGUACUGUUUCACAAACAUAUAACAUGAGGACGUUGUUGGUUGAUAUUCUUGAACAAGCUACAAAUAAGGAGUGGAAAAUCAAAGAGGACUUCGACAUAGCUGACAAGUUGCAGAAGACUCUAAAAGGCAGGAGAUACCUCAUUGUCUUAGAUGAUAUAUGGAAAGUUGAGGUGUGGGAAGACCUGGGAUUAUGUUUCCCUAAAGGUCAGGAUGGAAGCAGAGUAAUAGUAACAACUCGAAUUGAAGAAGUGGCUAAGCAUCUUCAACACCACAGUGAUCCUUAUUCUCUUAGAUUUCUAACACUGGAAGAGAGUUGGGAAUUAUUGCAGAAAAGAGUAUUUCAAGGAGAGAGUUGUCCCCUGGAUCUACGGGAAGCAGGGUUAAAAGUUGCCAAACAUUGUAAGGGAUUGCCUCUUGUCAUUGUGUUGAUUGCUGGAAUUAUAGUGAAAACGGAAAGGGAGGCAUCCUUGUGGCUGGAGUUUGCCAAUGACUUACGUUCUCAUGUUUUAGGAGAGCAGAGCAUGAAGGUAAUACAAUCAAGUUAUGAGCAUUUAGAAGACCACUUAAAGCCUUGCCUUCUUUACAUGGGAUUGUUUCCAGAAGACCAUAAAAUUCCAGUGCAUGAUUUGCUGAAGUUGUGGAUGGCUGAAGAGUUUGUAGUGAAUGUUGACACAGAGAACAUGGAGGAAGCAUCAAGAUUUUGCUUGAACGAUCUACUUAAGAGAAGCCUUGUAAUGGUCUCUAGAAGGAGAAUUAAUGGUGACAUAGAAUGCUGCACACUUCAUGAUGUAGUGCGUGAAUUUUGCUUGAGAAAACUUGCAGAAGAAAAGUUUAUGCAGCUCACAGUGCCAUACAAUCCAUAUGAUCAACAUUUGUAUCCCCAAGAAUCACGGUUAUGCAUUUAUAUUCAUGAUGAUCUUGUUAAUCAAUUAGAUCAUUCUGCAUAUAUGUUGGAUAAGAUUCCAAUGCUCGAGUCCAAGUACACAAAGUGUUUUGGUGAAUGUCCUAGGUCUUUGGAGUUCAUUGCUCAUCCGAAAUUCAACACAUGGAACAGAUCAAAUCCUUUACCAUUACUUGUUAAACUAAGACUUGUUCGGGUGUUGAAUUUGAUGAAAGUGGAGUUGCCAAGUUCUUGGGCUACAUCAGUACAAUCGCUAACUCACUUGAGGUACCUUGAGAUUUUUGUCGAAGAAUUUGAUUUCAAGUGGAUAUCACAUCUACAUGAGCUUCAGACUCUAGUGGUUGAUUCAGUUCAAUUUCUAAGGACAUCGCCUGCAGCUAUCUGGAAAAUGAUGAAGCUAAGGCAUGUGAAUAUAAACAGAUUGACCAGUGUAUGGGAAGACAAUGAUGGAGCAAUUUUUGAAGAAUCUUCAACAACUAUGCUAGAGAACUUGAAGACCUUCCUCUCUUGUCGUAUACGUCUGGAUGAGAAAAAUCCAAGGUUCUGGUGGUGGUUCCCCAAUCUUGAAGAACUCAGCCUCCGCAUUAUUGCUGAUGUACCUAGUUGUCCUUUGUUUCCCAUACCGGAAGUUCAUGCUCACCUUCAAUCUCUUGAUCUGGUUAUAAGCCCUAAGGGAUUCUGGAAUUCAGUUGGAUGGGAGAGCUACUUUGUCUUGCCGUCAAAUCUCAGGCAUUUGUGCAUUGGCGGUUGUUUCUUGACGAAAGAAAUGGUUUCAAACAUUGCAAGAUUGCAGAGGCUUGAGAGUCUUAGAUUAGAGAUAGGAUUUCCGUUGGGGAAUGUAGAGUACUGUUGGGACGUGAGAAAUGUCGAGUUCCCUGCACUCAAAUACUUGUCACUAUUAGCUGUGAGGAUGGUAGUAUGGAAUGCUUCAGAUGCAUCUUUUCCCAUGCUUGAGAAGCUAGUUCUAAGAAAUUGUUACUACUUCAAGGAGAUACCUCCCAGCUUUGUGGAUAUUCCAACCUUUCGACUAAUUGAACUGUUUGACUGUCCGGACUCUAUUGUGGUUUCAGCUAUGGAUAUUAAAACAGAAAUUGAAGAAAACACUGGAUGUGACAGUCUCCAAGUUCUUAUAUCCAAUACACCUCCUACUUAUUAAAGAUGGUAAGCCAGUACUUCAACACCUCUUUGUUCCGUCUGAUAUGGAAAACAAUUUGUUGCAACUUUUGUCUGAAUAAGUUCAACUGUAUAUACUCUACAUUAUUAUACUUAAGCAGCAUUUUGGGAAGUAUAAAAGUUUCAUGCAUGAUUCUCAUA